UCUAAAACUGUAUCCUAUAAAGGACGUAUGCAUCGAGUUACUGUUUUUAGAAAAACAGUAUGGUUGUUAAAACCACCCCACGAACGGUUCACUCUAAACAUACAAGUGCCUAUUAGAAAGGCAAAUAUACGGAUCACUCUGCGGCCCACCGGAGGCCAGGAGAAUCCCUCCUCGAAUGAACGGUUUGGGAACAGCGAUGAAAAACUCAUUGAUGUCCUGA